AUUUUAGUUGUCUUGUAAUUUUCGUUCAAGAAAAGCUAAAAAAAAAUCAUGAAGUUUCUCGUGGUGUUGAUCCUAAUUGUUGUGGCCUAUGUUAAGGGUGAAAUUAAUUGGUGUGAGAUGGAGGAAAGGUACUGUAGUGGACGCGAGCAUAUUGCCUGUCACCCAAAUUCUUUCCCAAUGGCUGGUGAUAAUGUGAGGAACAUUCAGGUGGUUGAGGUGACCGAUGAGCUUAUUCGGGCUGGUGUAGAUCGCCACAACUACCAUCGAAGUAAUGUAGCUUCUGGAAGUGUCGAAGGAAUUCCAAGUGCUAUCGCAAUGCAGAAGAUGGCUUGGCAUCUGGACUUGGCUUUUGUGGCUGGCGAACAUGUUCGUAACGCAUACUUCCAGCACGAUGAAUGUCGUUACUUCACAGAGUUCCCACACUCUGGACAGAAUCUUGCUAAAUAUUAUAGCUACACUCCCUACACCAACCUUACACAGGUGUUUGAAACUCUGAUUGAUUUGUGGUACGACGAGAUGACCAUCGUGAGGGAUGAAAAGCCAUCUUGUAUUGAUUCCUUCACUAUCGAAAAUCCUAAUUGUCGGGGAACUGGACACUUUACUGUCAUGGUUAACGAUAUCAACGGAUUUCUCGGAUGCGGCUUCGCGACAUUUGAGGAGUACAUGAGCGAUUAUGAUUACUGGUGGUACACUUUCAUGGUGACUUGCAACUACCAAGGAAAUAACAUCAUCGAUCAUCCAAUCUAUGCCACAGGAACUCCUUGUUCAGGUUGUGCUGCCGUUGGAAGGCAGUGCGAUUCUGAAACAAGCCUCUGUGUCUGAAAGUAAUCGUAUCUGUAAUGGUCGGCAUACAUCUGUUUUUGUUUUGUGAUUGGAUGUUUCAAGUUAUCUGUUCGAUUGAAUUUAUUUUGUAAACACGAUUUUGAAUCUGGUUUCUGGAAUAAGUAAGAGAACUAAAAUUAGAUCUCAUUCCAUUCUCUAAAUGUUAAAAAUAUUUCUUGCAAAAUACAAACUUAUUGUGUAUUUUAUAUAAUGAAUUUGCGUAAUGUAAUGUGAUUUUGAACUAGAUCACAUCGUUUCGUAUACUGAUCGCUCAUUCGAUUUUGAAAACAUCCUUCCAAAACGUGAAUAGUUGUAUGUCGCCAAUUUAUUCAAGGUGUAGGUACUCUGGGAAUAAAAAAUUAUGCUUGUAAUUAAAUUAUUUAUCAUUUAUAGUAAUCAGUGUUUUGAACUUGGUACGUAAUUCCAAGAAGAUUGUAUUUUUAUACUAGUAUUAGAAGUAUUAGCGUUAAUAGCCUGCGACAACGAAUGAACGGGUGACCAUCCACUGUAUAGGUUUCGCUGACUGCGAAAGGACCUUGGUUCAAGUUGUAAGGACAGGCAGUAAUUUUUCCUUUUUUUAGUUUGAUAAAAAUAUGUAGAUUGGGUGUCACAUGUUCUAAUUUGGUGCUAAUGGUAUCAUUCAGAUGAAGAUAUAAUGUGGUUUUGAUACCCAGUUACGAUUAUUUUGAAUCUUUGAAACGAUUAAUGAAGAUAUUUUGAGAAUGGGUCAGUAAAUAAA